GAAAGGAGAGUGAAGGGGGGGGGCAGUUGAGAUUUAUAGAGGAGGGAAAGAGAAAUUACAUUUUCAGUCUCCCCUUUCUGUUCAAAUUAAGGCAACACUUUCUCCUCUGCACCACAUCCUCCAGUUCAUGGUCACAGUAUAUCUUUCCAGCAGGGACUACGCAACAGCCAGAGAGACAUCAUAAUGGAUUCUUUACUCUGAGUGGAAUUUCUUAUCCUUUUCCAAUGCUUGGUAACACUUCUUCCACCUGGAACUGCAGUUUCUGCAACUGGUCUCUUCUUGGUGACACCUUAAAGAUCUCUCUCAUGGUUCUGCUCAUUUUGACCAUCAUAGCAGGCAAUGUGGUGACUCUUCUUGUCUUCCUAAGGAACAAGCUGUUUAGGACAUCCCAAGGUUUCCUUAAGGCUUCUUUGGCACUUGCUGACUUGGCUGUUGGUUUGCUAGUAAUACCAUAUUCAGUAUACAGAGAGAUGAUCCAUAUAUUAUAUGGUAUAGAGGAAGAUGAAGGCCCAUCUGUACUUAAUUUCAUUGGUCCCUGUUUUAUCAUGGGGCCACUCUUUGCUGGCUGCACCUUUGUCUCCAUUUCUACCAUCUUCCUUCUGUCUGUAGAGAGGAGCAUUGCUGUUCUAAGACCACUUCAUAAGAGGAUUGUGGUCACCAGAAGGAGAACUUGUUGUCUUAUUGCCUUCUCUUGGGUUUUUAGCUUUGUGUUAGCGUUGAUGCCAAUGUUCUUCAGUCAGGACAUAACUCUGGAGUACAGCAUCUGCAGCAAGAUGUGUAACUAUGUAUUCACAACUGACCAGCCCAAUGACCCCAGCUUGAACAUCAUGCUUAUCUUCCCUGUGUUUGACUUUUCCCUCUUGGGUGGAACAUUUGCAAUAAAUUUCAUCACUUUUGCAGCCAUCAGGCAGUACUGCAAGACAAGAAAGCAACUGGAGGGAGAUGCCCAGAGCCCUUGCAGCAAAGUUUCAUUUUCAGACAUAACUGCAGCCAAAACCAUCGGCAUUGUCACCUUUGCCUUCUCUGCCUCCUUCAGCCCCAUAGCAGUUUUUGUAGUGGGUAAUGUCAUGGGAUACCAAUGGUGCGAAUUCUCUUUUUAUGCAUUCUGGAUCCUUACCUCCAACAGCUGCUGGAACGUGGUCAUCUACAGUGCCCGAGAUUUAAGAUUCCGACAGGGUGUGAGGGAAAUCUUUAGUAGACAGGUGCCAAAUUCUCCAAACCACCAACCAAGGUCUCCUUUUCCUGCUAAAGAGGACAUCUCGUCUCCAUGUGUGGCUGCCCUUAAGGAGAUAUUCCGACCUGAUACAGCCUGACCUUUGUGUGUAUUAUUUAGGAAUGAUGCAAAUGACAGGGAAUCCAGAAUUGUGUUAAUUUUGUUGAUCCAUAUAAUAUAGGACCCAUUUUUAAAGACUUGAAUUCCAGAAUGCAAUCUUAUCAUCAUACAGUAAAACAUCUGGCGUGGGUUAAUACAUGAGCACGCACAGCCACAUUAACACCUUCCAGAUAAAAAUGUGAAUGGAUACAUGUAAUAAGAGUUGCUACUACUUAAUUAUUCCCAUGCAUGAAAUUUAGGGGAAUGAAUACUUGCUGAACUUUGUAAAAUGAUCGGGCAAAUACUGGGAUUAUCUUGGCUCCAUCAGAGCUUUGCACAGUAGUGUGGAUUUAUUUUUUUGGUUUGAACACUAAACUCUGUUAUUAUAAAAACAUAUUGCCUUCCAGAUUCCAGUUAAACUACAUGCCUCAGAAUGGUGGGCAUUGCAGCUCAUUAACUUCAGGAAGACUGUAGAGUAUUCUAAUAGAGACCAUAUCAAAAUGGGCUCUUCACCAGCUGAGGUACCUUUAAAUAUUAAAUUGUUUAUAAGCUGCAUUCAGGUUAUAUUGCAUCACGUGAACAUCAGUGGAAGCCUAAACUGAUAAUGAUUUGACCAUUCCAGAAUAAGUUAUUAUUGGAGGACUACAGAAGAGACUCUCAGUGCUAUUCCUGCCACAUUAACUCUUUCAUUGAUGAAAAAUGAGAAUUUGUUAUGCAGUAUUUAGAUAUACAUUUUAAAUAUUUUUUCUUACUGCAUGCCUAAUAUUAUAGAUAGUUUACAAGCUGCUGGACACAGCAAAACAUAUUAUAGGUAUGGGGUCUGUUAUCCGGAAACCCAUUAUCCAGAAUGUGCUGAAUUACGACAAGACUCCCAUAGAUUCCAUUUCAUCCAAUUAAUCCAAAUUAAUCCUAUGGGAACCUGAGGCUUGGAUGGGGGACCAGCCUAGGAGUGAGAUUUAAGAAGAAAUGCCUAAAUUUUAUUACGUUUGUGAAAACACAAAAUUCCAGCAUAGUUGUGGUAAUGCUCCACUUGCCUCCCACCAUAACUGCUUUUUGGGUUUUGAUGCAAAUGGCGUGUAAGUUGGGUCCAACAUUUUCAAAAUAAGGCUUGCUUCAGUAUCAGGAUUGGCAGGUACAGUAUUUGUAUACAAUUCACUGGACCUUGAUGAAUUAAGUCUUCUUUGCCUCCAAAGUGCACCUGGACUUUGAGGUGCGUUUGUAAAUUACCCCGUACUCCUAUAGCUCCAUAUAAUUUCUACCUAUAGUUUAUCCUAUUGCUUGAAUUCGCUGUCACUAUAUUACCUCCUAUUGCUUCAUAUAAACCUCCAAAUAACUCUUCAUAUUGCUCCAUAUAACCCUCCCUAUAACUCCUCCUA